UUUUCCAAAUGGGAACGAAGGAGUGGAAGUUCAGAGAGAAUAGGAAUUUGAGAACUGCAGCAACCUUUUCAAUCAAACGUGUUCUUGAUGAUGUCAACAGAAACCUUGAUCGAAGUGAUGGAAGGCCAAUUAUUCCUCUCAGCCAUGGAGAUCCUUCAUCCUUUUCGUGCUUUCGAACCACUCAAGUUGCAGAAGAUGCUGUUGUCGAUGCUCUACGAUCUGCUAAAUUCAAUGGUUAUGCACCUAAAGGUGGUGCUCUACAAGCAAGAAGGUCCAUAGCUGAGUACCUUUCUCGCAACCUACCUUAUAAACUAUCACCUGAUGAUGUGUAUGUGACACUCGGUGCUAAGCAAGCAAUUGAAGUUGUAUUAUCUGCACUGAGCCGUCCAGGUGCAAACAUUUUGCUUCCUAGACCUGGCUAUCCAGUAUAUGAAGCGCAUGCCGUUCUUAAUCAUCUUGAAGUCCGCCACUUUGACCUUCUUCAAGAAAAAGAUUGGGAGGUUGACUUGAAUGGGCUUGAAACAUUGGUGGAUGAUAAAACUGUUGCUAUGGUCAUUAUCAAUCCUGGGAAUCCUUGUGGCAAUGUAUUCACACGCGAUCAUUUACAAAAGAUCGCUGAGACUGCUAGAAGGAUGGGAAUACUAGUGAUAGCAGAUGAAGCAUAUGCCCAUUUGACUUUCGGAAGUAACUCCUAUGUGUCAAUGGGGGUCUUUGGCAAUCUUGCACCUGUUCUAACCCUUGGAACUCUAUCAAAAAGAUGGCUAGUUCCCGGAUGGAGGCUUGGUUGGAUAGCUAGAAGUGAUCCUGAUGGCAUUUUUGAAGAACAUGGGGUUGUUGAGUGCAUCAAGAGAUCUCUUAUUACCAAUACAGAGGCUGCAACAUUCAUACAGGCAGCCGUUCCUCAAAUUCUUGAGAACACGACAGAUGAUUUCUUUGUCCAGACCAUCAACAUACUGCAAGAAGAUGCUGAUAUGUGUUACAAAUGGCUUAAGGAUAUUCCAUGCUUUACGUGCCUACAAAAGCCUCAAGGAUCUCUCUUUUUAAUGGUGAAAUUAGACUUCUCACAACUGCAAGGAAUAAAUGAUGAUAUGGACUUCUGCUCAAAACUUGCUAAAGAGGAAUCUGUCCUCCUCCUGCCUGGGUUCGUGUUGGGACUGAAGAAUUGGAUUCGUGUAACAUUUGCUAUCGAACCAUCGGCUCUUGAAGAGGGGCUCGCAAGGAUUAAAGCAUUUUGCAUGAGGCAUGCAAACAAGCAAUAGAGAUGUCUAUUUGCCAGUUUGAACUGUAAAAUCUUUUGCAGGGUCCCAAAGAGCAUUCUUUGUAGACAUGGAUGCAUCAUAAAUAGCUAAACUGGGCUAUGGUCCAGAAACCCUGCGUCUGAAUGUAUCAUAAAUAAUAAAAAAGCUCAUUAACUUGUCAACAUGGAUUUUAUGA